AUGGGCACAAGUUGGAUCAUGGGGAAUUUCAACCAGGGUUUCUCCAAAGAUAUUAAAGUACCAAAAGCAAAAUAUGUUGGCUACAUCAAAGAUUAUGAGGGUGCCACAUUAAUGGGAUGUGAAUUAAAUCCGAGGAUCCCCUACACGGAAUUUUCUGUCAUCAUUAAAAAGCAAAAAGAGAUCAUUAAAAAGCUCAUAGAAAGGAAACAAGCUCAGAUACGAAAAGUUUAUCCUGGCCUUUCCUGCUUCAAAGAUGGAGUACGGCAGAUUCCUAUAGAAAGCAUUCCUGGAAUUAGAGAGACUGGCUGGAAACCAAGUGGAAAAGAGAGAGGUAAGGAGCCCAAGGAUCCAGAUCAACUUUACAGCACAUUAAAAACCAUCCUGCAGCAGGUGAAGAGCCACCAAAGCGCUUGGCCCUUCAUGGAACCUGUGAAGAGAACAGAAGCUCCUGGAUAUUAUGAAGUUAUAAGGUUUCCCAUGGAUCUCAAAACAAUGAGUGAGCGACUCAAGAAUAGGUACUACGUGUCUAAGAAAUUAUUCAUGGCUGACUUGCAGCGAGUCUUUACAAAUUGCAGAGAGUACAACCCCCCCGAGAGUGAAUACUACAAAUGUGCCAAUAUACUGGAGAAAUUCUUCUACACAAAAAUUAAAGAAGCUGGAUUAAUUGACAAGUGACAUUGUCUUUUCUACAACCACAUAGCGUGCCUACUUUAUGGGCAGGGGAAGCCGUUCUGUAUCUGAGUUGUGGGACUCAAAAGGUUUCAAGAAACUUCUGUUUAAUACUUAGCACUUUUAAAAACCCUCUUAGUUUUGCAAACAUGUAUUAUACCGAAGUUACAAAAAUUAUUUUAUUAAAAUGCUUUAUAAUGUAUUUAAUUACAGAAAAUUUCUUUUGUGUGCCGAUUACCGUAUGUUCGUAAUAAGUUUAUCAGUGACAGCCUCAGAAACCCCACAAAACAUGUGGGAAAUUGCACAUGUUUGGGAAUACGAAGAAAAUUCCCAAACAACAGAUGUUAUAGCUUACCUAAUGCAGUACCUGUUUGAUAAAGUUUUAUUAUUUU